AGCAGCAGAGAGCCCUCCUGUUCCUUUAACAGAGGAGGAAAAGGACAAAGCCACAUACUAUGCAUCAGAGGCAGCGAAUCCCAUAGAGAGACAGCCAGAAGACCACCCCUCUUGUGUGACCUGCUGCGUGGGUGGAAGCUGCAGGCAGCAUGGCUCUGCUUAUCCUACUGAUGCUCUGCUGCCUCGCCUACUUUCUCAUACAGAUCAUCAGGUUUAUUAAAGCCGAUGCAGAUUUAACUUUGCUGUGGGCAGAGCGGUUUGGCCACUCACCAGAAAGUAAGUUCCGCGGCAGCGUUGUGUGGGUGACCGGCGCGUCCAGCGGCAUCGGCGAGGCGCUAUGUUACCAGUUGGCCAAAUUAGGUGCCCAGCUUGUCCUGUCCUCCAGACGUGAGGCUGAGCUGCUGAGGGUGAAGAAGAAAUGCAUUGAGAUCAGCGGCUUGGAAGACAAAGAUGUAUUAGUUGUUCCCUUGGACCUAACCAACAUAAGCGCCCACAAGGCAGCAACAGACAAGGUGGUGGAACAUUUUGGCAGGGUUGAUAUCCUGCUGAAUAACAGUGGAAGAUCCCAGCGCUCCCUGUGUCUGGAUACAGAUCUGGAUGUGUUUCGAGGGUUAAUGGAGAUUAAUUACUUUGGGACUAUUUCUCUGACUAAGCAUGUCUUACCCCACAUGAUAGAAAGGAAGAAAGGGAAGAUUGUCACUAUCAGCAGUGUGACCGGCUUUAUCGGAGUGCCUCUGUCCACCGGAUAUGCUGCCAGCAAGCAUGCCAUUCAGGGCUUCUUCAACAGUCUCAGAAUAGAACUUGGAUGCUAUCCAGGUAUAACAGUCAGCAACAUAUGCCCCGGACCCGUACAGUCAAACAUUGUGCAAAAUGCUUUUACUGAACGGUCAGAUCAGAAUUUCGGAUCUUCAGCAGAUCAGUCUUACAAAAUGUCCGCAGAGCGAUGUGCCCGCCUGACUUUGGUGACGGCUGCAAAUGACCUAAAUGAAUCCUGGAUCUCGGACCAUCCCUAUUUACUGAUAUGUUACAUCUGGCAGUACGCGCCUACCUGGGCGUGGUGGAUAACAGGGAGAAUCGGUCAAAAGAGAAUAGAGAACUUUAAAAGUGGAGUGGAUGCAGAUUCUUCCUAUUUUUCAAAAAAGACUUCCUAACAGACGUCUGUGUACCAUACCGCGUUACUAUUUCUGGAGAGCAGCCUGUCAUUACUGUGAGCCGGAAGGUGUUGUGUGAAUGAAUAACAGGGCUUGCUGCAUAUUACCAUUUUCCUUUCUCAGCUUUAUGUGAAUGAGACUUUUGUGUUCCUAGAUAUAGUACCAUUAUCUGGUCUAUAUAUCUCCAUGUCUAUAUGAACA